GAUUUGGAGGCGGGGAGAUGUGUGAUUGGCUGAAGGGUUCGUAGGCCAGGGGCUGUGUGAUUGACAGGCACACUGAGGAGGGAUAGGUGUGAUUGGCAUCCGUGACCGGAGGCGGGAUGAGCUUUGAUUGGCAGCCGCGGCCGGAGGCGGGUGGAGCUGUGAUUGGCAGCUGCAGCCGGAGGCGGGCAGACCUGUGAUUGGCUGCCGCGGCCGGAGGAGGGCAGCUGUCCUAACUGGAUUGCGGAGAGCCAGCAGCGACAGGUCGACGAGAGGGGAUUGGCAAUAUUCCUUCGAUAUCCGUGUUGGUCUUUAUACCCUUGAUAGACUGCAGCUUGUCUCCUUUCUCGCACCAGGACCACCACCUUUCCAGGACUUGAAGGUAGCUGCAUGCUUCUCAAAAUAACUCAGAGACCCUCACCUACAGCUGUUCUCACUGUUGUAUAGGCAGUAUUGCAUCGAAAAGGGCUAUAGGAAGCUAUUGCUGUGAAGAUGUCACAUCUCAGUGAUUGUGUUCACUUGGAAUCAGUGGGUGAAGUGACAAAAGAUGAACUGAUUGAAAAGUCUCAUGGCACUUGUCAAGACUGCAAAGUUGGAGGCCCAAACCUCUGGGCAUGUUUGGAGAAUGGCUGUCCCUAUGUUGGUUGUGGAGAAUCCCAUUCGGAUCACAGCACGCUUCAUUCCCAGGAAACCAUGCACAAUCUCACUGUAAACCUCACCACCUUGCGAGUCUGGUGUUACGCAUGUAGCAAAGAAGUCUUUCUGGAUCGGAAGCUUGGACCCCCUCCAGUGCAAAAUGGGAGAAUACUUCAGGUUCCUGAAAGCCAGGACCUGUCUCCUGAGCAGUCAACAAAGGACCGCAAGACAAUAAUGGGAACUUAUCUAGAUGCAGAAGCUGAAUAUGAUGAUAUCAAGUCAAGAGGUCUCACUGGUUUGAAAAACAUCGGAAACACUUGCUAUAUGAAUGCUGCCCUUCAGGCUCUUUCUAACUGCCCACCUUUAACUCUGUUUUUCCUUGAGUGUGGAGGCUUGGUGCAGACCGACAAGAAACCAGCUCUGUCAAAAAGUUACCAGAAACUAAUGGCAGAAAUAUGGCACAAAAAUCGCCCUAGCUACGUUGUGCCAACUAGUCUGUUCCAGGGGAUUAAAACUGUGAAUCCAAUGUUUCGUGGAUAUUCUCAACAGGAUGCCCAAGAAUUUUUGCGCUGUUUGAUGGAUCAACUUCAUGAAGAACUGAAAGAACAAGUCACAGAACAGACUGAAGAUUCCCAGUGUGUAACCAUGGAAGAACAAAUGGAGGAAGAAAACAUGUCAGAUAAUGAAUUUCAGUCCUGUGACUCGUGUGCUGGCAGUGACAAGGCUGAUGGUGAGACCAACUCAAAGAUGUUGGUGGAAGAUCAGGGGGGAGACCUGGUGCACGAGGAACUGAAAAACCACACACCAGUAAAAGUCCGGCCACAAGAGAGAAACAUACUGCAUAAACUUUAUAACCAUGGCUCUGGAGAUGAUUUAGAUAAAGACAUGGACACUUCCACAGAGAUUACUGCUGACGUGUCGGUGCACAGUUCUUCGAGACCUAGUAGUCCUAUGCUGAAUGAAGCAAAUUCAAGGCUGUCCAGCAGCCCACCAAGAUCUUCUUCAGUGUGGGGAGGUCUUGCCUCCUCACACAAAAAAGUUGCCUCUUUUACACCACUGAAAAAGAGAAAACAAGCGAAGUACAAGAGCGUUAUCUCCGACGUCUUCGAUGGUACAAUUGUGAGCUCUGUGCAGUGUCUAACCUGUGAUCGGGUGUCCACCACCUUGGAGACAUUUCAAGAUCUCUCCCUGCCUAUCCCGGGUAAGGAAGACUUGGCCAGGCUUCAUUCCUCAAGUCACCAGAUGUCGUUGGUGAAAGCAGGGUCAUGUGGUGAGGCCUACGCGCCACAAGGUUGGAUUGCAUAUGUCAUGGAAUACAUUAAGAGUUGGUUCUGGGGUCCUGUUGUGUCCUUGCAGGAUUGCCUGGCUGCAUUUUUCGCUAGAGAUGAGCUUAAAGGCGAUAACAUGUACAGCUGUGAAAAGUGUAAAAAGAGAAGAUACAGGAGCUUGAAAGCCCGGAUGUCCAGACUUAAGAACAGGUUGAGAAAUGGUGUAAAAUUCUGCAAAGUGCUAAUGUUACCCGAGAUUUUAUGCAUUCAUUUGAAGCGAUUCAGACACGAACUCAUGUUUUCCACCAAAAUCAACAACCAUGUGUCAUUCCCAUUGGAAGGACUUGACCUUCAGCCUUUCCUUGCUAAAGACAGCCCUUCUCAAAUCACAACGUAUGAACUUUUAUCGGUUAUCUGCCAUCAUGGUACAGCCAGUUGUGGCCAUUACACUGCUUUUUGUCUAAAUGAGCUGAAUGGUCGAUGGUAUGAGUUUGAUGACCAAACUGUGUCGGAAGUGUCUGAGUCGACUGUGCAGAAUGCAGAGGCUUAUGUGUUGUUCUACAGGAAAAGCAGCGAAGAGAUGCAAAAAGAAAGGCAAAGAGUGACCAACUUACUGAAUAUGAUGGAGCCUAGUCUGCUUCAAUUCUACAUAUCACGUCAGUGGCUGAACAAAUUCAAGACUUUUGCUGAGCCAGGGCCCAUUAGCAACAAUGAGUUCCUUUGCAUUCAUGGAGGUGUUCCCCCUCGGAAAGCUGGUUACAUAGAUGAGCUCGUAGUGAUGCUGCCUCAGAAUGUGUGGGAUUAUUUGUACAGCAGGUUUGGAGGGGGGCCAGCUGUUAAUCAUCUCUACACCUGUCAAUGCUGUCAGAUUGAGAUUGAGAAGCUUGAAAAGCGAAGGAAGAUUGAACUGGAAAUGUUUGUACGGUUGAAUAAAGCUUUCCAAGAAGAAGAAUCACCAUCAGUUAUCUACUGUAUUAGCAUGCAGUGGUUUAGAGAAUGGGAAGGAUUUGUCAAGGGCAAAGAACAUGAGCAUCCUGGUCCAAUCGAUAACACCAAGAUAGUGAUUGGCAAGAACAACCAUGUUUCUUUAAAGCAAGGAGCGGAUUCCGGCCAAAUUUCAGAGGAGACAUGGAACUUCCUGCACUCCAUCUAUGGAGGGGGCCCAGAGGUCGCUCUGCGGCAGAGCGUCAGCCACCAGGAUGUGUCAUGUGUAGAAGAAAAAAAUGAGGUUGAAAUCCGCCCUGUCCAAUAAUGGUUAAAGGCAAACGUUAAAAAACUGAAACUGAGAUGAAUUAUGCUGAAGCUUAAGCAUUCCAGGAUGUGAGAUAUUUUCUGAAUAUAAUUCUUGCAGUGGCAUUACAGUAUGUGUUUGGGACAAUCACAAAGUAAUCCCUGUUUUGUAACGUAGUUUAAUGUAGGUUUCUGGUCUGCCUGUACUGAAAGAUGGAUGUGUUUUCUAGGUGAUAUCUGAUGUAGAUUUGGUUGUGAAAGGCCCAUGCACUGAAAGUGUACUAGUAUGAACCAAGUUGCUUAUAUUAAGUCAACUCAGGAAAGCACUGAUUUUUUUUUUGCACUGCACUGUGGAUAACACAUUGAAAAUUGCAAAUGCCUUGUCCUUGUGACAGUAAGCAGGUAAGAGAAUAUUCCUGAGAGCUCACAACAAUUAUAAACAUGAGUCGAAGUAUAAUGUCUAGGCCAAGUUAACUCAUGCACACAUUGAUAGAAAUUAUAAUAUUCAGCCCAUUAUUCUUUAUUCAUUUCAUAAAGAAAGCCAUUCGGCCCAAUAUUUUCAUGCUAGCUCUUCAAUUGGAUAUAACUUGCUUUCUCUACCUUCUGUCAAUGGCUAUUAAAUUUCAGUAAUAUUGCCUCUCUCUUGGUAUAAUAGGUUUCUAAAUUAUAGGGAGAGUGAGCACGUUUCUAUUCAUCAAUUUGUAAACCAAUUGUAAUUAUCUUUCAUUGUUUACAUCCUUUCCAAUUUUCUUUUUUAUGAAAACUUGUUAAAUUAGUGUGUAACAUUCAACCAUUCAUGAAUAUAGCCAAGCAAAACAGUUCUUUUCAUGCCAAGGUACAAAACAUAUUAUCAACAGCACAUAGCACAUAAAGCCUCUAUGAUUACGAGAACAAAAAACAAUACAGAAGAAAAAUAAUAUAGCUCAAAUCUCUGAAUGGCAUGACCUGUAAAUUGAUGGUACAUGGGAUGUUGUCCUGGUCCAGCUUAUUGAAUUACUUUGACUAUCUUCUUUGCUGUAGAACCACUCCUAAAUUAAUUAACACUCAGUUACUGUCAGUUUUGUCUGAGUUUUACGGUUGUGGAUUCAAACUCCCCUCUGGAGAUUUUAACAUCCAAUUUACACUGCUGUACUGUUGGAGGUGCUAUAGAGGUACCAGUACUCUAGGCAAAAGAUCAACCCUAUGCCGGGACAUUCUCUCAACAGCCCACUCUGGUGUACUGCUGAGGGAAUUGAGGAUGCUGUCCUCCUACAAGACUGUCAACAUCUGUCCCACAUCCAAGAUCUAAAGAUCCCAGAAUCCUGACCCAACCAAUUCCAUUAAAUCCAUAUCAGCAUUUGUGUAUACUCUGCUAAGAAUGCAUUAUUUUAAAAGGAAUUUUCCCUAAGUAAAGCAUUUUGGGCUGCUUGAGAGGAGAUGUCAUUUUUUUUUACCUCAGCAACAUAUUUAGCUGCAAUUUUCCCACACCAAUUUUCUGGCAUAUUUGCUUUUAAAGAUCAUAAAAUACACAUGUUCCCUUCAAUGACAUCUGUGGACCUGCUAACACCACAUUGGCAGGCAGAGAAUGGCCAGCUGCUCCAUAAAGUUUGCUGACCCUCAUGGAUGGAGCCCCCAGCCUUAGAAAUACUUCCUCUUGGCAGCUCGCUGAAGCAAAACUUGUUUUAACACCAUAAGUUUACAGAUUUCACACUCCACCUUCAGAAUAAUCAAGAAAGGUAAACUCAGUGCAUCAGCCUUUCAUUUGUGGUUGAGUUCGGUUCAGACUCUGAGUAUAAUUCUUGUGUAGUUUCUCAGGAAUAUUCCACUAAAAAUGCAGGUGAUUCUUCACUAGGCAAACACUAUGUAGCUGUUGCAAAAACAAGCCUGAAGCACGUUAAACUGACUAAUUAUUCUUGUGUGACAACCUUGAGUUGAUCCUUUAAAUAUCAGUCUCCUUAGCAUGUGCCUCAGAGGAAUGUUCCAUCAAUUUCGAACAACAUGUUAGUAGGAAUGUAACACUUUUCUUUCCAACAGGUUUAUCCCUUGAGCGUUUUUUGUAUUAAUUUAUUUUUUAAAUGCACCUGUAAAUCUCAACUGCAACUGUGACUGAUUUAAGUUUAACUUGCACUUUGUAGAAAUGAUGAUGAUCUUACUGCAUUUUUUUAACGAAUAAUCAUUUGUAAGGAUUGUAUGAAUAAUUUAAUUGUACAUUAGCAGAAUCAGGCUCCAGCAGCAUUUAGAAUGAAGCACUCUCCCUCUCACCUGUGCAUGUCGUUUGACUUUAGAAUCAUAAAUGUGAACACGUGCUGCACUGAUACAAAUCUGGAACUGUGGAAGUAAAGUUGGAAUGCAUAAGUAGAGAAUGUUUUCUUUGCCUUUCAAUCCUUUACAGUAAUGUUCAAUAAAUAAGUGACAUGAGCUCUUCCCCUCCCCCUCUAUUUACACUUUGAUAUUCUGACUUUCUCUUGCGUCUCUGGUUAUCCCUGACAAGUAUAUAUCUACACCGGGUGUGAAUGAACAGAAAGCCCUGGGUGUAUUGUUUAGCAGCAGUUGAUGUUCUAGGGUCAUAGAGCCAUACAGCACAGAUACAGGCCCUCCUGUCCAACCAAUUCAUUCCGACCACGGUGCCAUCCGUCUAGUCCCAAUAUCCUGUGUUGGCAGUCCACCAUAUCCAACAAUGACAGGAGACCCGUGUGGGAGAGUUUUAAAAGUGGAAAAGCCGAUGCACUAGGGCAGUUCAGUCUUACGAUCUCAGAGUCCAGUGGCAUGAGCAGCCGUCACAAACCAAGGUAUUCCUUGGUUGCAGUGGAUGACCAUGACUACACCUGUGCUUUGUCAUGCCCUUCGCUCUGCACAGAGCAUUACAGAACAGUCUUCUUGGCUGUUGGAUUUCACUGUUGAUCUCAUCCGCCCAGUUCACUGCUAGAACAGGCAUGUCGCUAUCUCACCAGGGUAUGAGGUCCACCAGCUAUCCUCACCUAGUUUAGCCCGCCUGUUGAAACGGUAUACUAGACUGUGGCCGCUGUCACAUGCAAACAGCUACUUAGAGCCACAGGUGAGAGCUGAGUGUCUGGUGAGGACCAAAGGUGAGUGAGCUGCCCCAGAAUGGACAUGACAAGCCCCUUCACCAGAGCUGCUACCCUUCCCUGGACAAUUCAUGCACCCCCCACAACAAUUUCCUAUAUUUCACUGAUAUCCACGACAUCCCCACCCAAGACCAGCCUCUCCAUAUACCUAGCCAAGUGCAUCUUAAAUGAUGACUGAUUUAGAUAGGGUGAAUAAAGAGAACUAGUUCCCAUUAGUAUGUAUUUCAAGGACCAGAAAGCUGAUUUUCAAACAUUCCAGGCAAACAAUUCAUCAAGGAUAUGAGGAAUAUUUGUAAAAUCUGGAGCUUGUUGCCACUAUGGGUGGGAUAAACUGAAUUGAUCAAGGUUGCCAAAAGUUGACUGAAUAGGCUACUAAGAAAAACAAUUUGCAGGCCUGUGAAAAAGUAUAGGAGAAUAGCUGCCCUAAGAGUCAUCAGCGCUUUGAUGGGCUGAAUGGACUUCUGUAUCAUAACAGUUCCGAGCCACAUAGGUCAGGCCAUAUCUGGCGAGAGAAAUGGUUAACCCUUUGGCUUGGUGAUUAAAGAUGCAGGAGGUGACUAGGCAAACUGAGAACAUUACAGUGUCAAAGAUCAAAAGUAAAAUUAUUGUCAAUGUACAUGUGUGUAUGUUGCCAUAUACAACCCUGAGAUUUGUUUUCUUGCAGACAUGCUCAGUAAAUCCAAUAACCAUAAUAAUAGGAUCAAUGAAAGACCACAUCUAGCUGGGUGACAACCAGUGUGCAAAAGACAACAAAUCGUGCAAAUAAAAAGAGAAAAGGAAACAAUAAUAAUAAAUAAGGAAGCAAUAAAUAUUGAAAGAUAAAGUACCCUUUAAAGUGAGUCCAUAGGUUGUGUGAACUGUUCAGUAAUGAGACAAGUGAAGAUGAGUGAAGGUAUCCCCUUUGGUUGAAGACCCUGAUGGUUGAGGGGUACUAACUGUUCUUGAAUCUGGUGGUGUGGAUCCUGAGGCUCCUGCAUCUGUUUCCUGAUUGUAGCAGCAAGAAAAGAGCAUUACCGGGAUGGUGGUGGUGUGUGGGGAGUGGUUUCUGAUGAUGGAUACUUCUUUCCUGUGACAAUGCGCUAUGCGGAUGUAUUCAUUGGUGUGGAGGGCUUUACCCAUGAUGGACUGGGUUGUAUUCAUUACCUUUUGUAGGAUUUUCUGUUCAAGGGCAUUGGUGUUUCCAUACCAGGUUGUGCUGUAGCCAGUCCAUAUACUCUCCACCACACAUCUAUAGAAGUUUGUCGAAGUUUUACAUGUUAUGCCAAAUCUUUGCAGGACAGGUCCUCUGAAAUGAUAGCACCAAGGAACUUAAUUACUGAUUCUCUCCACCUCUUAUCCCCUGAUGAGGACUGGUUCUUGGACCAACAGUUUCUUCCUCCUGAAGUUGAUGAUCAGCUUCUUGGUCUUGCUGACACUGAGCAAGAGAUGGAUGUUGUGACACCACUCAGUCAGAUUUUCAUCCUUCCUUCUGUAUGCUGACUCAUCGCCACCUUUGAUUCGGCCAAUAGCCAUGGUGUUAUCAGCAAACUUAAAUGUGGCAUUGGAGCUGUGCGGAGCCAUACAGUUAUAAGUGUAAAGUGAGAAGAACAGUGAGCAAAGCCCACAGCCUUGUGGUACACCUUUGCUGAUUGAGGUUAUGGAGGAGAUGCUGUUACCAAUCUGAACUGACUAGGGUCUGCAAGUGACUAAAUCCAGGAUCUAAUUUCACAAGGAGUACUGUAUUGAGGCCAAGGUCUUGAAGCUUAUUUAUUAGUUUAGAGGGGAUUAUAGUAGUGAAUGAUGAGCUGUAGUUGAUAAUGAGCAUCCUGACAUAUGCAUUUUUGCUGUCCUGAUGUUCCAGGAAUGAGUGAAGAACCAGUGAAAUGGCACCUGCUGUGGACCUGUUGUGCCAGUAGGUAAAUUGGAGUGGAUCCAAGUCGCUUCUCCAGACAAGUAGAAUUUAUUGUCAUUUAACUAUAUACAUGGAUACUGCCAAACAAGACAACGUUUCUUCAGACCAUGGUGUAAUGGACAAUACAAAGAUGCGUGGCGGGGGGGGGGCAGGUAGUUUUGUCGAAGCAAAGAGCUACAGAAGGGCUUAGAUUAGGAAACUGGACAAAGAAGUGGCAGAUAGAAUACAAUGUCGAGAAGUGUACAGUCCUGCUCUUUGGAAAAUAAAUAAAAGUGUAGACUAUUUUCUAAAUGGAGAGAUAAUUCAAAAAUUUGACAUGCAAAGAAACUUGGGAAGUCCUCAUGCAGGAUUUCCUAAAAGUUAAUUUGCAGGUCGAGUUGAUGGUGAAGAAGGCAAAAGAAAUGGUGGCUUCCAUUUCAAGAGGACUACAAUAUAAAAGUAAGGAUGUAAUGUUGAAACUGUGAGGCCUCAUUUGGAGUAUUGUGAGCAGUUUUAGGCCCCGUAUCUAAGAAAAACUAAGGAUUCAAAUUAGGUUCACAAAAAAUUUUCUGGGAUUGAAAGGCUUGGCAUAUAAGGAGUGUUUGAUGGCUCUGGACCUCUACUCACUGGAAUUCAGAAGAUGCGGGUGACCUCAUUAAAAUCUAUUGAAUGAUGAAAGGCCUCGAGAGAGAGUGUAUGUGGAGAGGAUGUUUCCUGUCGUGGGGGGAGUCCAAGACUAGAAGUCACAGCUUGGAAAAGAGCGUCCAUCCUUCUAAAAUGAAAAGGAAGAGGAAUUUCUUUAGCCAGAGGGUGACGUAUCUGUGGAAUUUGUUUCCACAGGCCAAGUCACUGGGCAGAGGUUGAUGGAUUCUUGGUUAAUCAGGGCAUGAGGGGAUAUGGUUAGAUUCGAUAGAUUCUGGCAUUGUAACGGGUGAGUGGAAAACUGUAAAUGUUACUCCGCUAUUUAAGAAGGGUGGAAGGCAGCAGAAAGGAAGCUAUAGACCUGUUAUCCUGAUAUCAGUGGUUGGGAAGUUGUUGGAAUCGAUUGUUAGGGUUGAGAUUAUGAAGUACCUGGAGGCACAUGACAAGAUAGGCCAAAGCCAGCAUGCUUUACUGAAAGGAAAACCCUGCCUGACUAACCUACUGCAAUUUUUUGAGGAAAUUACAAGCAGGGUAGACAAAGGAGAUGCAGUGGAUAUAGUGUACUUGGAUUUUCAGAAGACCUUUGACAAGGUGCCACACAUGAGGCUACUUGGCAAGAUAAGAGCCCACGGAAUUACAGGGAAGUUACUAACGUGGGUGGAGCAUUGGCUGAACGGCAGAAAACAGAGAGUGGGAAUAAAGGGAUCCUAUUCUGGCUGGCUGCUGGUUACCAGUGGAAUUCCACAGGGGUCAGUGUUGGGACCACUGCUUUUUACGAUGUAUGUCAAUGAUUUGGACUGUGGGAUUAAUGGAUUUGUGGCUAAAUUUGCUGAAGAUACAAAGAUAGGUGGAGGAGCGGGUAGCGUUGAGGAAACAGAGAACCUGCAGAGAGACUUAGAUAGUUUAGGGGAAUGGACAAAGAAGUGGCAAAUGAAAUACAAUGUUGGAAAGUGGAUGGUCAUGCACUUUGGUGGAAGAAAUAAAUGGGCAGUCUAUUAUUAAGAUGGGGAGAGAAUUCAAAAUGCAGAGAUGCAAAGGGACUUGGGAGUCCUUGUGCAGGAUACCCUAACUGUUAACCUCCAGGAUGAGUCGGUGGUGAAGAAGGCAAAUGCAAUGUUGGCAUUCAUUUCUAGAGGUCUAGAAUAUAGGAGCAGGGAUACUCCAAGUGUGG